AUGAGAGUCAAUAUUUUUAAAUUUGUUUUUUUUUCAAUUAUUAUUUGUUUUUUUGAAUAUACCAAAAAUGAAUUAUGCCUUGAAAGGAAUAUAAUAAAUUUUAGAAACAAUAGGGUAUUAGCAUAUGCAGACAAUCAAUUCGAUUUAAAUGAGUUUUAUCAAUCAACUUUGAGUCUUGCAAAUCAAAUUAAUAACUACAAUGAUGAUAACGAAGAAAUUAUAUAUAUUCGAAAUGCUAUAGAUUCACAUAUAAAGGAGCAUGAAGAAAAUAAUACAUUACCCGAUUUAAAUAGUUUAGAUAAAAGAACUAAAAAAUUAAUUAUUAAACUUCGAAAAGAAUUAGAAGAAGUAAAAAAUGAGCUUUAUAAUAUCGGGAAUAGUGAAAUAACUAAAACAGAUGAAAAUAAUUCUGUAUCAGAAGGUGAAGAUUAUAACCAAUUGGAAAAUGAAGUAAAUUCUUUGGAGACAGAACAUAAUCAGGUAUAUUUAAGUAGUAAUACUCGUUUUGAAAAUAAAAAAAAGCUAAACAAAAUGCUCAAAGGAUUAAUAGUGAGGGGAAUAUUAAUAGUUUUGAUUUCUUUGGGGAUACUAAUACCAGGGUGGACUCAAAUUCCAUUUAUUAUUCUAGGUAUAGGGGUUUCAAUUGAAACAAUUAUUAAAUGUUAUCAAUACUUUAAAUUAUUAUUUAAAGUAUAUAAAAUACCCAAUAUAUUAAAAAAAUUAAGAUAA